AUGUCUUCACAGACUGCCAACAUCACCAACACACCACAGCAGAUUGCUGAUGCCGUUGCUGCUUCAAGAAACACAAGAUCAUUUGCCACUGGCCAAGUCACUAUUGCGAUCCUCGUCCACAAUGAGGAGAAUGAAGUUCUGGUCCACAACAACUUCGAUGAGAAUUUGAGGACCAAUGGCUCGCUAUCUUUGACCUUGGUCCACCUCCUAUGCCACGAGAUCGAUCUCAAACCAUUCGUCCCAGACCAUGACGCGGAGACCUCUGUCAAGGCACUCGCUGAGGAUGCCAUCGUUUCCAGGCUUGGCAUUGUCGACAUCAAGAACAUGACUGUACUUCACGUUUGCGGCCAUGUCAAUGCUGCAAGGGUUUUCAUUUUCGUUGCUUGCAGUGUCGAUUCUUCUGAGGUACCCAAUGUACUGAUGGGAGAUCUUCGGUGGCUGCCAGAAUCAGUGCUUCAGGAUGUGGACCUCAAAGCUUCAGUCGUGUCACUUGGUGCUGACGGUGUUAGAUACCUGUGGGAGGCGCGCGAUAACUGGAAGCAGGAGAUAACAUCAAUCGAUACCCUGCCAGAUCUUGUCUCCGAUCUUCCAGCUGCAGCAUCACACACGAUGCAGGACGGAGGCAGUGUGGACGCCGAGCAGGAUACUGGCUACCAACCUGACUCAUUGAGCUCCACGGGCAGCGUUGAAGCAAAUGAGACGAGCGACGUAGAUGAAGACUUCACUUUGGAGGUUGAGGAAGUCGACGAUGACCUUCCCGAUCUUGUGUCGGGCGACAACUUCGUCUUUGGCAACGGGAAUUUGCCAGAGAGCAAUGCGGGAAAGCGGCAGCAGCAGCUCACUUACUACAGAGCCGCACAGCGACGUCCAGGCUUGCAGAUGACGCUCAGUGCUGAAGACGCAGACUCAGAUGGCGAUGACGACACGGAAGAUCUUGAUCACCAGGAGAAGCGCAAGAAGUCCCCCAAGUCUGAGAAGGCUGCUCGACGCGUCUUCCAGCUUGACCCUGCCAUGAUUCGGGGCUCCCGCGUACCUCGCAAGCAGCAAAUGAACCCUCCACUCAUGGUCGACCCGAGCUACUUGCAUCUAGGUCCACGUUUUGCUCGUCCUGCACAAAAGGUGGACGGUAGGCGAUUUAGGACAAAAGUCAGCAGGACCAAGAUCUCUAUAGCGACCGACAGGGCCAUCACCCAGAGCAAGGUCAUGUGGGAAGAGCUGCGCGAGCUCUCCCCUGAAGUGAGGCUGAUUUGA